UGGAAGCCUUUGUCUCGCCUCAACAUGUGUUGCAGCUGCUGUGGAGUGACCCAACAAAAGGUCUGGGUCUUUGGACUAGGAACCCUUUUCGCGGUUUCCGGACUCUUGGCCAUAAUAUGCUGGCCCGGCUUUAUAGACACGCAGAUUAUGAAGGCCCUGCCACUGACGCCCACUUCGAAGACCUUUGAAAAAUGGGAGGUGCUGCCCAUUCCCGUGUAUGUCUACAUGUAUCUUUGGAACUGGACAAAUGCCGCAGAUGUCCAGGCCUAUGGAGUGAAACCCACUUUCGAACAACUGGGUCCGUAUGUUUAUCGGGAGGAGAGAAAGAAAAUGGAUCUGGAGUGGCACGAUAACGGAACGGUGACCUUCAGCCCCAGGAGAACUUGGUUCUGGGAGGAAGAGCUGUCGGGUGGCAAGCAAACGGAUCUUAUUACUGCCCCACAUUUACCGUCGCUGGCUGCCUCCAACCAAAUGCGUAAUAGCAACGCCUUUUUAAAGUUCAUGUUCAACCAGGCUCUGAAUGCGAAUGGAGGACAUCUUUUCGUGACAUACACUGCAGCCGAAUGGCUCUUCGACAGCUUCUACGAUGAGUUCCUUCACUACGCCAUGACCCUGAACAAUCCCUUGGCCCCGGCAAUCGAGGAUGAUCACUUUGCCUGGUUCCUCCAUCGCAACGGAUCCAAGGACUUCGAAGGACCCUUCACCGUUCACACAGGAGUGGGUGACAUUAAGGAGAUGGGUGAAAUUAAGUAUUGGAAGGGCCAAAACCACACGGGAUGGUACGAGGGUGAGUGUGGACGGCUCAAUGGCAGCACCACCGAUCUCUUCGUGCCAGACGAGCCCAAGGAGAAGGCCUUGACCAUCUUUAUUCCGGACACUUGUCGAAUUAUAAAUCUGGAAUUUACCGGCGAGAGCGAAACGAUCCAGGGCAUUACCGGAUGGAAGUACGAAAUAACACCGAGCACUUUCGACAAUGGCCAGAUCAAUGGGAACACGAAAUGCUGGUGUCCUUUGGAAAGGCAGCCGGACAACUGUCCAGCCAGCGGCGCUACAGAUUUAUCGCCUUGUGCCGAGGGAGUUCCGAUGUACCUGUCCGCCGAUCAUUUUAUGUACGCGGAUGAGAGCUAUGGCAACACGAUCAACGGCUAUAGUCCCAACUAUGAUCAGAACAACUUCUAUAUCAUCAUGGAGCGCAAGAUGGGAGUGCCGCUGAAGGUCAAUGCCAACGUGAUGAUCACUUUGUACAUAGAGCCAGAUCCCGUUAUUGACAUACUCAAGGACCUUCCCAGUUUCUACGCACCUCUUUUCACCACCGCCAGUCGAGCUGAAAUCGAUGAAGCCCUGGCCUCAGAACUUAGGUUGGCGCUCAAUCUGCCUGCGAUUGGAAGAUAUACUGGAGUGGGACUUCUGUGUCUGGGUUGCAUUCUUAUAGCUGUUGGUGUCCUUCUAACCAUUAAGAGGAAGUGGUAUGGCCAAUCUGAAUCGGACAGACUAGCUCUCAAGGAUAACGAGGAAACCCCAAAUGAACCAGGAACAGAGGCCAACGAUGUCGACCGAAAUUUGUAAUUUAGUAUUAACAUUUUGCAUAAAGCCAAGCACAUGAAUGUGAUUUUCCAAAAAAAACUAGAUGUGAUAAUUUACAGUAGACCUUUUUUUUCUUAUGGUAAGCUUUAUGUUUAAGUUUACUUUUAACAAUUUUUCUAUGUAACAUUGAAGCUUUUACUUUAUUAAAAUGGAUCGAUUAAAUUAA